AGCUAAACGGAGCUGUCUCGCGUGGACAGACACCAUCCGUUGAACAUUGCGUGUGGACGGAAAAAAAAAUUCGAUUGCGUUUGCGUUAAUCCUAUGCGUUUAGCCGUAUGCGUCCUCGUGGGGCCGGGGCCUUAAUGAACUCUGUGUCUUCCCUCCAGGCCAGGAACGUUUCAUAUCCAUGAACAGGGUCUAUUAUAAGGGUGCGCUGGGCUGUGUGGUGAUGUUUGACGUCACCAGCUCAGCCAGCUUCCUCAGCUGUCGCCAUUGGAAACGGGACCUUGACAACAAGGCCAUGCUUCCCAACGGAGAAUCCAUCCCCUGCAUCCUGCUGGCCAACAAGUGUGACCUCCCUCAGCGGGUCGUGCCCCCAGACAGCAUCGACAGGUUCAGUAAGGCCAACGGCUUCAUUACCUGGAUGGAGAUUUCGGUCAAAGAGAACAAGAACGUUGGUGAAGCUAUGAGGAGAUUGGUGCAGGACAUUUUGUCUGUGGAAUCCAGUCUUGAUUCACUACAACCCAAACCUCAAGAAAUCGUUAAUCCUCAACUGGACUCGUUGUUCGACGGAGGAGCAGGAUGCUGCUGAAACACAAUCAAAAGGACAAGUAAACAGCCAGGACCCAAUCAUAUACUCAAGUUGUUUCAGGGGCCACUGAACAAUGCACUUAACUGAGAGAGCUGUCUGCAGAUAACAGUGGAAUCACCAGGAGAUGUCGAUGUAAGUGGGUUAUAUUUAUGCUGAGCAGAUCUUCAGUGUCCAUGUGUGAGCUGGCAGGGAUCUAAGAGGACACUUUAAGUGGGAUGAGGAAACAACACACGUGUUUCUCAUUUUGGACAAUGUACGAUUAAAAAACGAGUGUGAAAGCAACAACACUGGUUUAACUGUCAAAAAGACUCAAUAAGGAUUCGUCAACUUUUUUUCUAAACCAAUUAAAACCUGUUUCAGGAUCUAAAAAGAAGAAAUAUCAGUAGCCUACAGUAAAGUACACAAAGACAGGCCAUGGCUCUGAGCCCUGCACAUGACUGUUUUCUUAACUCUCUUCCCGCGGCAGAGAAUUUGACGUAAACAUGCACAACUGAAUUUAUAAUUAAAAUAUUUGUAAUGUUUUCCCCCCUAUGAUUUUAGUGAUGUUUAUGUUUUGGUAUAACAGUGUUUAGUGGGUUUUGUUAUACCAAAAAACACACAAAAUAAUAAUCUGUGAGAAAUUGAUAAAAUAAUUGAGCCACCACAGAAGCAAAAUUAUAUAUAGAGAGUGAAAAAUGAUUUGAUUAUUCAUCCAGUGAUUCUUAUUGACAAAGUGUAUUGGGAUCUUCCUUGGCCCUUGCAUGAAUUUUGUUGUUAUCCUUUUAGACAAACACGUAAUCCUUUUUAUUUUGAGUACAUUCUGGCAAUUAUUUCUCCAGAAAACACAGUGUGCACUGUUGGGUCAGGAGAAGGAGGAUGUUGUGAAGAGAAACAGACGGAGCAGAUGGAAAGUGUGUAUGCAGUCGUUAAAAAGUGUGAGAAGAACGAGGCGUAGAGCGUGCUCAGUGCAGCCGGUAGGUCUCCGCCUCCAACAGGCUGAGACACAUGCGGUGUGUACAUGUGUGAGUGCAUGUGCAUGCGUGUACACUGUUUGGGGGUCAGGUUAAUUCUGUGAAGCUACGGUUGUGUUUGUGUGCAUAAUUAAGAUCAAGGCACAUGAGUGUCAAAUGCCCACACACAUGCUGUCAACAUUCCUCCUCUCAAUUGUCGCCGUGCCUUCGACUGCUGAGAUUUGUGGGUAAAUUCCCACUGUUUUAAGUAUUUUCGAGGAAAAUAUUAUAACGAGUAUGUGCGCUUUAAAUAAUAACAAUAAUCUCCAAAGCAAUGUUAGACCCACAAAGUUUUUGUUUAAAUUGUAUUCUCAAUGGACACAGUGUUGUGUGAGGUUUGUCUGGUUAACAGUGUGUUGUCUUAAAACAUGUACAACAAGCUUUAUUGAAAAUAGUAAGGAUAAAAUGUAGGUUGUGAAAAAUGUAACCUUUGCUCAGUGUCCAUAGAGAAAAUAAAUGAGACUUCAUAAUUGUACUGUUUUGAUACUGGACACUAAGGAGAGUUUAAUACAUUUAAAAGUGGCCAUAGCAGCAUACAGGUCAAACUAAGGUAAGAUUGUGGCGACAGAUGGCAUUUUGUCUUUGAAAGAAACAAUUCCUGUUGGAGCAUAAUGUACAUUUAUUACAGCCUGUUUGAUAUAUAAAUGAUUAAGUAAAGAUGGUAUUUUGACCAGCAUGAUGCUAGAGGAAAGGUCAGGU